AUGUCAGCCAAAUACGCCUUCAACAAAUCCCUCAAAGAACUCCGCUUCCUAUUCUGCCAGACUUCAUCCCACAGCGAUGCUACGCGAUCAUUCUUGAACCGCGCAUACCCAACUAUGAAGAAGAACAACCCCUACGUCCCUAUCCUCAUCCGAGAGGCUUCCGGUACCGAGCCGCGAGUGUUUGCCAGAUAUGAGUUCGGAAAGGAGCAACAGGAAUUGCUGUCAGGGUUGACGGAUAAAGAGAUCGAGGAGAAAAUUACGACACUCGUCAAGCAGACUGUAUAG